AUACGUAUAUGCGUUCAAUUUGUAUGGAAUGCACGGAUGAUGAGGGUAAAUUAACCAAGUUGAGUUAGGUCAACAAUUGUGUAGUAUAUGUAGUAUACGUAUAUGCGUUUUCGCGUCUUACAACUUUUCGAGACUCGUAAUAAUUUCGCGACGUUAUGACAUCGGUUCGCCGUUUUACAAUGACACUUUGCCUGGCACGCGUGUUUGCUUCCGUCCGCGAAUAGACUGGAGAGAAAAAGAAAACUGUGACGACACUUGAAAACAAUUGACAAGGAUUCGAAUGGGAAAUUCGGUCAAUUACCUUGGACUGGGCGAGUUACUCGGAGAGAUAGCGAGACGGUGAUCAGCAUGGUAAACGCGAGCAGCGUCGUGGCGCAUUUCGUGAAAUUGCUGGUGACCGCGAUAUGCAUGAGGCAUCUCGCCGAGCCCUACCGGGCAAAGGCCUUGCCGACUACGUGGUCUCUGCGUGCCUUUCGAAUUCUCUUCAUGCAUUCGAUCUUGGGGAUCUUCAGAUUCGGAGUUCCGUUUACUUCGUCAUCGACACCUACGGCAAAGUGCUUUCGAAGCUUUUACGAUUGGUUUUCCAGUGUCAUUGAAAUUGUUCCUUUGGCAUUACUGACAUCUGGUAUAUUGAGUGCAUAUCAGGUAGAUGAAAAGAUACGUAUGCUGUUAUUGUUUCUUGGUACGAUACCGAUAUUUUUUCCAUUAGCGAUAAAACAAAAGGAAAGACAACUUAGGAAGCUCCGUUUUAUAACUAAUAUCACUAUCGUAUUACAAAUAUUACCGAUAAUGAUACUUGGUUUGCAAAAUGGCAAUUACAACGUUAUUAGUUUAGUUGCUUCCUAUACUUUUGAACGUUUUUUUGUGGAAGAAUUUUGUUAUCGAUAUAGUAUUCCGUACACUGAUUUGAUGCAAUAUUGUAUAUGCUUUGUCGAGGUCUUCACAGUAUCAACAUUGCAGGAAUUGUAAGAGGCUAAUUUUGAAUUGAUUCUCUUUUAUCUAUUCAAAGCUAUUGUCGUUUGAUACUUAACAAGUGUUGUUUAUUAUAUUUGAUAUGAAGAUAUAUGUUUGAUAUGUCAAUUUUUAGAAAGGCCUAAAGAAAAAUCUGUGCUAUAGUUAUAUGAUACAAUCUUUCUACAAUUAUUCUAUAAUAUAAAUGAACCGAUAUGUAACAAUAAUAUUAUUUUGC